UUGAAAGGCAAAAUCAUACUCCUUAUUCCGAAAAUAUAAUUGUAAAAAUUAAAUAUGAACUAUUUUUAAGGAUCGAGGGGAAUAAUAAUUAGAAAUCAGUGGUCUUAAUAUACACGGCACGGUUUAAUGGAUACAUAACUGACCACAUUUUUGUUAGUUCAGUUGGAGUACUAUGUUGAAUGAGCAGAUUACAAAAUAUAAAAAUGCAAAAAUCAGAGGGGUUGGUGGUGAAAGGGAUUUUCUCUUCUUUGGCCCAACUACUACUACUGGCUACACCAAAAACAAUAAUCAGAAGAGAUCUCUAUGAAUUCUGGUUGCAAUUUGGUUCGAACAAAGUUCCCAUCUUCUUAAACGCUCCCGCAAUUCCUCAAGGAUCCCUGGAGCUUCAAAAUGGCUGGUGCUGUUGCUUUGGACCCUGCGGUAUUCAUUUGUAGUCAUUAUGGAGGUAGAGGUGGAGGUGGAAGGAAUUUUGCUUUCCAUAAAAAAUGUGAUUUUGCUAGGUUGAGGUCAAUGUCAGGAUAUCUUGCACCUGACAAACCGCUGGGCGAAAAAAUGAAUUCGACCAAGUUUCCAGCUUUCACGUCAAGUUCUAGUUCGUCAGUUCAAUAUCCGCUAUUGUCCUCAUUGAAUGAAGCCGGCGGUGGUUCUUUUCAAAGGAAAGAAAAUGAAUCUGUUUUGAUAUUAAUCAGACAUGGAGAGUCCAUGUGGAAUGAGAAAAAUCUGUUUACUGGUUGCGUUGAUGUGCCAUUGACGGAGAAAGGAGUAGAAGAAGCUAUAGAAGCUGGUAAGAGAAUAAAAAACAUGCCUCUAGACAUUGUCUAUACUUCAGCUUUAGUUCGUUCUCAAAUGACUGCUAUGCUUGCUCUAACGGAGCAUCACUGUAUGAAGGUUCCUAUCAUUCUUCACAAUGAGAACGAAGAAUCUAGAAUAUGGAGUAAAAUUCACAGCGAAGAUACCAAGAAGCAAACAAUUCCUGUUGUCAAAGCAUGGCAGCUGAAUGAAAGAAUGUAUGGUGAUCUGCAGGGUUUUAAUAAGAAGGCAACUGCUGACUUAUAUGGGAAAGAUCAAGUUCAGAAAUGGCGUAGAAGUUAUGAUGUUCGACCCCCUAAUGGUGAGAGCUUAGAAAUGUGCUUGGGUAGAGCAGUUGCUUUCUUCAAAGAGCAGAUUGAACCACAACUUAUGAUAGGAAAGCAUAUAAUGGUUGUAGCUCAUGCAAAUUCCCUGAGAUCCAUAAUCAUGUAUCUUGAUAAAUUAAGUUCUCAGGAGGUCAUUGACUUAGAAUUAUCUACUGGCGUACCUAUGCUAUACAUAUAUAAACAAGGAAAUUUUAUCAGGAGAGGUAGUCCGUUGGGAUCUACAGAGGCUGGUGUUUAUGCUUAUACGGAGAGCUUGGCCUUGUAUAGACAGCAGUUAGAUGAAGUAUCUCAGUAAUUUGUUUCGUAAGAGACGGAGAAGCUUCUGUAAGAUUCUCCCACUGCUUCACAAUUACGCUGCGAAAUCUUCGCCAGAUGAACGAGACACGACUAGUAAACGCUGAAUUGUAUACAAUAAGUAGGAUAACAGAUGAUAUUUGAUGAAUGCCAUUUGGAUGGGGCUGUUUUACUAGGCUUCCUUGAUGGAUUUCAGUUUUUUUGGAAGGGUGAUGGGUUUCAGUUGUUUGUUCGUUCUUCUGGUUUCGGCCGAUUUAUUAUUAUUACUACUAUUGUUCCACAAAAAUAGUUCAUAUUAAGUUUUCAAAUUUAUACUAAAAACAGUACAAAACUUAAAAUUUAAUGUGGACUAUUUUUGUGGGACGGAGAGAGUAUUAUUUUUUCUUUCUUAGAAGGCAUCUUAUAUAGUAGAGUAUUUCUUCCAUUCCAAAAUAAGUGUCAUCGUACACUUUGCACAUAAUUUAAGAAAUUCUUAAAUAGGGUAAUAAAA